AUGGGCUCAUCCAACACGAACUAUCCCAUUACGGGUAUUCAGGAAGGGCUUGAUCCCAAUGCGUCUAACCCUCUUCGUGAAGUGCCUGUUCGCAUGGAGAUCGAUGAUUGGUUCACUUCAACCGACCCAAUCCAUCUGAACCAGCAAGCCUUGUUCUUUCCAGCCUUUCUCAAAUUCUCUGAUAAGAACCCACAUGAUCCCCUGUCUUAUUACCAAAUUGCUGGUAUCCAUGGACAGCCAUAUGUCGCCUGGCCCAUUGAGCCUCCUACCGAGGGUGAAACCCCUGGUAGAGGGUACUGUACUCAUGGUAGCAUCCUCUUCACCACUUGGCAUCGCCCAUAUAUGCUUCUCUGGGAGCAAGCAAUUUACGACUUGAUGAAGGAAGAAAUUGAAAAGUUCCCCCCUAGCGAUCAGCCCGCUCUUCACGAGGCUCUCGCGUCUUGGCGAUUCCCAUACUGGGAUUGGGCUAUGAAGAAGCCGCGAAACCCUGACAACGAGAAUGAUCUCACUUAUGAUAUCCCGCUAGUUCUCAAACAAGAAGAAGUUGAGAUUCGUGUGCCCCCUCCCCAGAUGACCACUAAGAUCCGCAAUGCCUUCCAUCAUUUUCAAAUGCCUGAAGGCAUGACCAUGGGAGACGAAAAGCUCGAUUCAAAGGAUAAGGAUCCUCUGAAGGACCUGAGCGUUCAUGCUAUGGGGAAUGAGACGUUCAAGGUUGUUGCAACAAGCCGCCAUCUGACCCCAGGCGAUGCCACCGCAAAGACAUGGGCAACGCCACAAGGCCAACAGAACAACAAGGCUAUUACAAAGAUCCUAAAUGACCAGACUACCGUUCCCAGUGAUACAGAUAAAGACAACCCUCGACGAGGCAACGUUACAGCCAGUUUGAGGGAAGCCUUCUACCGCCUCUUUACUAUCAACAGCUUCGAAGAUUUUGCGACCAAGCGUACUAUCACGGGCGAUCAGCCACUACCGAAUGACUCAGCAGAGGGCUUACACGACUCGUUGCAUGGCUGGUGCGGUGGUGGUGCGAUCCGGGUAGGAAAUGACAACACAUUUCUGAACGGGCAGAUGAGUAAUCCAGCUGUUGCUGCUUUUGAUCCCAUAUUCUGGCUGCAUCACUGCAACAUUGAUCGCUUAUUCGCCAUGUGGCAAAUCCUUCAUGAUGGCGAGAAAGAGAAUACCUGGUUUGAUGGAAGAGAUCCUCGCGACAAAGAUGAGGGAAACUUUGCAAUCCCCCGUCAGCAAAUUGACAAGCCUGACUCUCCUCUCAAGCCUUUUCUCAAAUCUACGGGGGAUGAGGAUUACUAUACCUCUAACGACAUAAGGGAAGUGACUCCGCUAGGAUAUACUUAUCCUGGCCUUGAGAAGUGGAACUACACGGAUCUGGAUGGCACAUACAACAAGGAGAGACAUGUGAAGGAUCUCAACAUUCUUCUCAACAACGCUUACGGCUCAGGGAGACGAGCUGUCCAGAAAGCAAAACUUACCGCUUCUCCAGGUCAGCCAGGACUUCGGCUAAAUGCCAUUACUCGGGAUGAUGUUCCAGCGGAAGACCAGCUAGGUGUUCCUGACUAUGUCGUGGACGUGAUCUAUGAGAAGUUCGCCUUAGAUGGCAUUCCCUUUUCUAUCCACAUUUUUGUUGGAAAGCCUGGCGAAGCUCCCUACCUCUUUACUGGCGAAGACCCGCCUGUUGGUGAGAUCGUGAAUUUCUCCAGCCCUAAAGAGCUUGAGGGAACAGCCUCGGGUUGCGGAAAUUGCCGUUUACAGGCAGCAGACCACACCAAGUCCACCGGUCGUGUCGUUUUGACAAACGCCUUGAUCACGCGCUGGAAGAACAGGAUCCCACAUACUCCUGAUGAUCCAAACGCACCGAAAGUUCUUCAGAGCAUGAAUCCCGAGGACGUCGUUGAGUUUCUCAAACACAACUUGCACUGGCGUGUCACUUCACUUGGCCAGCGUGUUGACCUUGGUCGGAUUCCGUCGCUUAAGGUCGCUCUGGGGGUUGGGAAGGCAGACCAUUUCUUGGAUAAGGCUAAGUUGUCCAAGUACUAUGGAUAUAAGGGAGCGCAUCAAGUUACCCAGGGACGCCCUGGAGGUGCUGGGCCUGAGGAUGGACUGUACCCACCGGGUUAUGAGUGGCGCUCAGAGGCAUAA